GAUCCAGGUCGCAACUGCCCCAUUAUCGGGCUUCUUUCAUUCUUUUCCUCAAGCCCGGUUGCACUGCUGACCAUUCUGGAUGCCAUUAAUCGCAUUCUAGAAUCCCUGAACCACCGGCUUCCUCCCCCCCCCUCCAUCGUUUCGGGGGGAACUUCCCUUGCCAAUCAUUUUCUAAGCUCGCCAUUCGGGGAGCAUGUUUGCGCUUGUAUCCUUUGCCUCAUUCAGAUCAUGAUCCCACUGAUUCUCCGCUGAUUUCUGUAUCUGUGAUACUAUCUACGUCGCACGGCUCCCGGGAGCUCCAUACCUCCCGCCAUGGGUAACGAUCAGAAGUUCGACUACGAAUCCCUGCCGAUUCCUACCUACGAGGAGGCCAUCGGUGCCCGUCCUGGCUCUUCCCGGUCCCAUCUCGAUUCGUCCGACGAAGCAGGCGACAAUGCUGAACGACAAGGCCUUCUUCACCGGAGUGGUCCGGAUACCACUCCGCGGGCGGAGGCCCGACCUCGUGGCUAUCAGCCUCCCACCGUCGAGUCCGCCCGCAACAGUAUCGAUGACCUCGACUCGACCGGCUCGAGAUCGGAACGAGGGUCCAUGGAAGAGUUGCGACGGGAACUCGAUCAGAUGGACGUAGAAGAUGGCCCUCAGUCAUCCUCUCGCCGCUCACAGUUGCGGUCGCGAUUCUCGAAGCGCUUCAACAACUUGACUCGCUCCCUCUCCUCCUUCAAUCUACCAUUUCGCCGCUUCCUCCCUACGUUUCGGUUCACGAUACGUCUCGACGAUGCUCGUGCAGGGCUGAAGAACAACGCGUGCAUGAUAUUACUACGUCUUUUCGGAGUUUUCCUGGUUGUCACCGUGGUUUAUAUCUUCUUCAUAUCGGACAUCUUCAACAUGAAUACUCGAUUUAUCAUGGGACAGUCAUACAGUGCCGCGUCCGUGGAGAACUUUGUUCAGGGACAUAUCAACGAGACCAAUAUCGCCGAGAAUCUGAAAAAGCUGACCGCCUACCCUCAUAUGGCCGGUACGGAAGGUAGUUAUGUGCUUGCAGAAUGGGUGGAAUCGGAGUUCAAAAAGGCGGCGUUCGACGAGGUUGAAAUGGAGGAAUUCCAGGUGUACUUGAACUACCCUACUCCCGACGGCAGACGGGUGGCUAUUGUGGACCCUCCUCAAUUGGCCUGGGAGGCAGCGCUGGAGGAGAAAGAAGAGCAAACGUUGGUUUUCCACGGACAUUCAAAAUCUGGGAACGUCACGGGCCACCUUCUCUACGCCAAUUUCGGCUCUCGCGAGGAUUUCCAUUACCUAGUAGAGCAAGGCAUCGACGUGAAUGGAUCCAUAGCGCUGGUCCGCUAUGGAGGCACGGAGUCUGAUCGUGCUCUCAAAGUCAAGGCCGCCGAACUUGCUGGCGCGGUAGGCUGCAUCAUUUAUUCGGAUCCGGCGCAGGAUGGCUUUGUCCAGGGUCCUGCCUACCCCGAGGGACGUUAUAUGCCUGCCGAUGGAACACAACGUGGGGCAGUCAGUCUGAUGUCGUGGGUCGUCGGAGAUGUCCUCUCGCCCGGGUUUGCCUCUACGCCAGAUGAAAAGAAGAGGCUCAAACCAGAGGAAAGCCAGGGGCUGCCGAAUAUCCCCAGCAUUCCGCUUGCCUGGCGCGACGCCCAGAGGCUUCUUCAAGUCCUGGAUGGCCAUGGUGCGCAAGUGCCAGAAAAGUGGGUUGGCGGCGUUCCGGAGGUGAAACAGUGGUGGACGGGAGCCAAGUCCUCGCCAACCGUCAAUCUCAUGAACCUCCAAGACGAGGUGGAAAGACAGCCCAUCUACAACGUGGUUGGCAGGAUAAUUGGCUUGGAACAACCGGAGAAGAAGAUCAUAAUUGGCAAUCACCGUGACUCAUGGUGUCUCGGAAGCGCCGACCCUGGCAGCGGUACCGCAGUGUUCCUGGAGCUGGUUCGGGUCUUCGGGGAACUUCUCACCUUCGGCUGGCGUCCUUUGCGCACUAUCGAAUUCAUCAGCUGGGAUGCCGAAGAAUAUAACCUCGUCGGUUCGACAGAGCAUGUGGAGAAAGAAUUGAAGGCGCUCAAGGAGAACGCUUACGCCUACAUCAACGUCGACGUGGGAGUUAGCGGUCACGAAUUCGAGGCCGCUGGGUGUCCCCUCUUUGAGCGGGUCGUCACGCAGAUUCUUGGCCGCAUCGCAGAUCCCAUCAGUAAUGAAACCCUGAAGGAUUUGUGGCAGAAGAACAAGAAGAGACUGGGUCCGCUGGGAGCCGGGAGCGAUUAUGUGGCUUUCCAGGAUAUCGCCGGAACCUCCAGCGUGGACUUUGGCUUCGCUGGCGAACCGUUCCCUUACCACAGCUGCUACGAGAAUUAUGACUGGAUGACGAAAUUUGUUGAUCCAGAGUUUCAGUACCACAAGAUCCUUGGUCAAUUUUGGGGUCUUCUGAUUCUUCAGAUCGCAGACAGCCCAAUCCUGCCCUAUGACCUCGAAGGCUACGCGAAUCACGUGGGUGGCUAUGUCAGCGACUUGGAGCAGUAUGCCAAGUCGAAGAGUGUUCCCAUCGCCGAAGCAGCAUCGGAGGCCACGGUCACCUUCAAGCCUCUAUAUGAGGCGGCCGUGAAGUUCAAGGCCGAUGCGGAGCACUUCCAGCAAUGGGGUCAGAUCUGGCACGAUGCUGUUUGGGGCGCUGGCGGAUUCGAGAACAACGUGAUGGCUGUGCAGCGACUGUCGUACAACGCGCGGAUGGCUCAUUUUGAGACCAAUCUCUUGGACGACCGACCAGAUGGCGGAGUACCGAACCGCACGCAAUUCAAGCACGUGAUCUUCGGGCCUGAAUUAUGGUCUGGCUACGAUCCGACCCUUUUCCCCGCCAUCCGAGACAGUAUCGACGCGGGCAACUGGACUCUUACUCAGGAGUGGAUUGAUCGAGUCUCGGACAUCAUCUCCAGCGCGAGUAAUAGCCUUGUUCACGACUGAUACUUUGGGUCCACAUCUCGUCUAUAAUCAUUCCACUUUCUAUAGAAAUACCCCUCCCCCUCUUGUUUUCCUGUCUGUCUCAGCUGCGGUGGCCACCAAGCAGCACCACAUCACACCUGUCAUAUAUAUGCUCACCUUUCACACCACCAGCU